AUGCGUCUGACGAAAGAGGCUCUAGCACAAACACUCUUCAUCCUUUCAUUAAGCAUUCCAUCUGCCAAUUCUGAAUCCUUCCAGAACAUUUCUUUCCAUUUCCCAUCUUUUCGAAUGAACGAUCAGAGAAUAAAUUUUCAGGGAAAUGCCUCCAUUGUGAACUCUAAUAUCCAACUCACUCAAGGUGAGCCAUUGGAGGAUCCCACGGACGCAGUUGGCCGAGCAACAUAUUAUCAGCCCAUGCAACUGUGGGAUAGUUCAACGGGGAAUGUGACAGAUUUUGUCAGCACGUUUACUUUCGCUAUUGACUCCCAUAAGAACCACUCCCGUGCUGAAGGAAUGGUUUUCUUUCUCGUUCCCAAUGGAUCGCAGAUCCCUGAGCACUCAGGACGCUUUCUAGGCCUCACCAAUUCAAAUCCAAACACUACCAACACUAGUGCAUUUGUUGCGGUAGAGUUUGAUACUUUCCAACAAAAUUUGACAAAUGUGUGGGAUCCGCCAUGUGAUCAUAUUGGCAUUGAUGUGAAAAGCCUCACUUCUGUCAAUGCAACUUGUGUCUCGUGGAUGGAUUACAGUAUAUUCCAUGGUCAAAAAUUCCAUGCUACCGUCACAUACAAUGCUAGAGCAAUGAGCUUGAGUGUUCUUUUUGGAGAUAAUGCCGAAAAUUCUACCAGCCUUUACUAUCAGCCACUCAACCUGACAGAGUACUUGCCAGAGUGGGUGGUUUUCGGUUUCUCGGCAUCGACCGGGCAGUUUCUUGAGGCUCAUACUAUUUUCACAUGGGAAUUCAAAUCUGGUCCACAUAUGUUCGACACUCCUACAUGUCAUGCAACUCGAGAAAAACAGGGCGAGUCAUGGUAUAGGGGGGUUAUCAUAGGCUUAAGCUCUUUGAUGUCGCUUAUCCUUGUUGCAGGAUUUGGCUGGUACGGUUACAAGCUAAAGAGAAAUAGAAAUGGUCAAAGUAGAGAAGAAGAAGAUUUUCGUGGGAUCGGUGAAGGAUUUGGACAGUCGAAGGGACCCAAGAAGUACUCCUACAAGGUCUUGGCCGGGGCAACUAACAACUUUUCCAAUUCCCGGUUGCUCGGGGAAGGGGGUUUUGGAGGAGUGUAUGAAGGCCACCUCGAUGAUGUAAAUUCCCAUGUCGCUAUCAAGAAGAUCACUCCAGAGUCCAACCAAGGUGUGAAGGAGUAUGCCACCGAAGUGAAGACAAUUCGACAUCUCAGGCAUAAGAAUUUAGUGGAGCUUGUUGGCUGGUGUCAUGAGAGAAGCAAGUUUCUCCUUGUGUAUGAGUACAUGUCCAACCGAAGCUUGGACUCUCACUUAUUCAAAGACAAAGUACUGCUAACAUGGGAAAGGAGGUACAAUAUUGCUAAAGGCAUUGCCUUAGGCCUGAAAUACUUGCAUGAGGAUUUGAAACACUGCGUUGUGCACAGGGAUAUAAAGUCUAGCAAUAUCCUACUCGACACACAUUUCGAGGCUAAAUUGGGCGAUUUUGGCCUAGCUCGGAUAGUCGACCAUGCCAAAGGGUCGCAAACCACUGUAUUGGCUGGGACACUGGGAUAUUUGGCCCCCGAAUGUAUCUACACAGGCAAGGCAAGUAGGGAAUCUGAUGUCUAUAGCUUUGGAGUUGUACUCCUAGAAAUAGCCUGUGGACGAAAAGUUAUCGACCCGAGAGCAUCAGAAGACCAAGUCCAACUGGUGGAGUGGGCCUGGGAGCUCUAUGGAAUUGGAAAGCUAUUAAAUGCAGUGGAUCUGAAGUUAGGAGAAAAUUUUGACACAAGACAAAUGGAGUGCUUGAUGAUUGUUGGCCUCUGGUGCGCUCAUCCGGAUCCUAAGGAACGGCCUCCCAUAAGCAAGGCGAUAACCUUUUUGAACUUCGACGCUUCCCCGCCCAUUCUCCCACUAAAGUUGCCCAUCCCGACAUAUAUUGUGCCUCCAACUUCGACGCCUGAAUUGUCACACAUUUCGUCCGCAUUUACCAGCUCUUCCUAG